AUGAAAUUUUUUGAUCAAAUAGAAGUCGACAAUACCGCAAAGAAAAAACGCAAUUGGUAUUACACAAUCAAUUCGAGCUAUUUAGACUAUUUUAUUACUAUUUCAACCGGUAUUUUAUUGAUUUUGCUCAAUAUUUUGGAUGAAAUUCCGUUUUAUUAUGGAGCUAUCGGUAAAAUAGGUCCAAAAAUCCAAAGAAACAUUACCAUAAAAACAUGGUGGUAUAGAUGUCCGCAUGUUCAUAUGAAAAAAGAAUUUUAUCAAAAUGAUCCUCAAGUAGUGAACUAUGCAUUAAUUUCAGAGAAAACAUAUACGCAAAGAGCAGAAGUUCCAGCGAAAUACGUUACUAAAAGUAUGAUAUAUAUAACAUUAUAUAAUGACGUAUUCGUCUCCUCAAGUCAAAUCUCAGACGAAACUCUUAGUUUCAAGUUAAAUAAUCAAGAUAAUGGCGAUCAUACUAUGAUGCAGACAUCAGGAGAAAUUGAUGAGUUAGUUUUUUAUAGACAAGUUUUCUGGAUGUAUGGCCAUAAUAUCCAUGAUUUCCUUUGUGCAAUGAUGUAUGUGCCGCAAGAUUUGGUGGAAAGAGGCUUCAAAGUCAAUUCUCCACCUUUACAUCAUCAAAAUACCCAAAGACUCCUAGUAUUUUUAGGAUAUAACGUUACAUUUGUAGAUGUAUCAAAACAAAAAUUUGUUCAUACCCUCUGGCUUAUUAAUAAUUUUGAAUACGCUCACGGAUAUACUGCAGGAGGCCUUGACAGGCUAAGAAAGCUGAUAAAAACAAAAGUUGACUUUAAUCUAAUUAAGCCUACAAGGUUUGUGAUCAGUGACAGGCCAAAGGGAAGUGGAAGAAAUUUUGAUGACAUUAAUAAGCUUUAUGAAGCCAUAAGUAGCGGUACAAAGAUUGAUGAAGGCUGCAAAUGGGAGAUAGACGAUACUAAAUUCUCAAGCCCUGUAGAAACGAUUGUAAAAUUUUGGCAAUCAAUAAAGGUUCUUGUUGCACCAUGCGGAUCUGGUAUAUAUAACUCCAUAUUCAUGCAUGAUAAGUGUGGAAUGUGUUUAAUGUUCACAACUCAAGUUGAUGAGCCAAAUCUACAACUUUGUGCCAAUCUAAGGUUUUUCUUAAUUGGGGUUAUCCAUCCUAAGACUCCACAUAGCAGCCAAGGUGUUUUUCCGGUAAAUGUUUCGGCAAUGGUAAAAUACACUCAAAGAGUAGUUGAUGCUGUGAAUGCAGGCCAUUGGACAACAAUGGAAGAUGUUGUUGUUCAUUUCCCAGUACCUGAGUACUUAAAUUCUCCUCCCAAUGAAUUUCGUUGA